GUCAAAUACUUCCUGCAGCUCUUGGAAGAGGAUAAGGAUCUUUCCUCUGGCAUUGCGGCCAUCAGGACUCUGCUCAUGAUUCUGGAAAAGAAGCAGUUUGGCACCAUUCACAUUCUCCACACAACCAUGAGGGAAGCGGUGGCCGCCAUGCGGAACACGGAUUUGUCCAUUGCAGCCAUUGUUUCCGCCGGGGAGCUCUUCUGCCGGUUCAUCACCCUCAGCCUGGACGAUAAGCACAUGGAGGAGUGCCGCCAGAUAAUGCUGAAUCGCGGCAAGAUCUUCCUUACCAAGUUGCUCAACUCCCGGCAGGUGAUUGCCCAGCAGGCCCAGAGGUUCAUCACCGAUGGCUGCCGCAUUCUGACGCACUCCCGCUCCCGUGUGGUCCUGAAAGCCUUGAUUACGGCCUCGCAGAACAAAAAGUCCUUCCACGUUUACGUGACGCAGGGCGGCACAGGAAACUCUGGCGAAGAGAUGGUCAAGGACCUGAAUGCCGCCGGCAUUGACUGCACUUUGAUCCUGGACUCCGCCACUGGCUAUGUGAUGGAAUCGGUGGACUUUGUGAUGGUGGGCGCCGAGGCGGUGGUGGAAAGUGGCGGGAUUAUCAACCGCAUUGGCACCUACACCAUGGGCCUGUGCGCCCGGGAGAUGAAGAAACCCUUUUACGUCCUGGCCGAGAGCUUUAAGUUCAGUCGCCUGUAUCCACUCAACCAGCGCGAUCUGCCCAACGAGUACAAGUACUCCCGCAAGCAUUUGAACGAUGUGAGCAAAGUGCAUCCUCUGGUCGACUAUACGCCACCUGUCUACAUCACCCUGCUCUUCACCGACCUGGGCAGACUGACGCCCUCGGCCGUCAGCGACGAGUUGAUCAAGCUCUACAUGUAGAAUGGACAAUAAAGAUGUGUUGCACUUAA